GCUUUGAAUUUUCUAAGGCAGGUACGGGAUAACUUUGCGAUACCUAAGGUACCUAGGUAGUCUUAGGUAAUUUGUAAGGCUUUUCCACUUGCCUAAACCCCCAAAGAUUCAUUCUUUCUGCCGAAUAAUCAACGCCGUACAAUUUUCUAUCUAUAUCAAGAUUGUAGUGCAGUCCAAUAUGACAGAAUCUGACAGCGAGGUUAGGCGUCAGUGGUCGCCCACUCGAGAAGAAUAUGCUCAGCUAUGGAAAGACUCCCGCUUAUCCAUUCCGCCUUUGAUUCGCAUUCCAGCUGCGGCGUCGACAGCAUUUGGUGUAGGCAUGACUUUGGGUCUCGCCCAAGGUAGUAAGAUGGCCGGCUUACGGUUUAGAGCCGAACAUGCUCACAAACUACCUACAACUACAACCGGGUGGUACCUAUAUCACAAAAGCAAGAACUACCAUCUGGCAUAUGGUGGACUGAAGGAAGGAUUUAAGGUCGGUGCGAGGCUCAGUGUUCUGAGUACCUCCAUGUUCUGCGCCGAGAAUCUGUUUGAUGUAUACCGAGGCACCAAGGAUCUUUUCAGUACCGUGAUGGCCAGCCUAGCUGUGGCUGGUGGCUUCAGUUUUUGGAGUAUGGGGUUUUCUUCUAUUUAAUAACCUUUGAUCCGGUCGCUUUGAUUUAUCCUGAUCUAAUUAUUUAUCUCAAUGUAGAUCGCUUUUCAGCUGCGGAAACUGCGAGGACUGCU